ACCUUCUUUUUAGUUUUUAGCUUCCAAAUUUUCCAUUUUCUUCAGCUAACCAACGCCAUGUAUCCACCAUCUUCCUCUCAACAACCCAUGGGCCAAUCCGGUCUGACCCGUUACGGCUCAGCUCCCGGUUCCUUCCUCAGCAACGCCAUCGAUUCCGUCAUCGGCGCUGAUCUUAAUCUCGUCGGCCACUACCUCCCCGCCGCCGACUCCUCUUCUCUAACAUCUGAGUCAACAUGUAAAGCCAGCUCGUCCAACAAUCCACGAGAGCCUAAAUCGUCCGCUCCUCCUCCUCCACCUCCGCAUCAUCCACAUGGAUCUUAUUCUGGACCUUCUUCUUCUUCCUCUCUUGUCAGACAACGCAGCUCCCCUGCCGGUUUCCUUAGUCACUUCACGUCGGAAAACGCAGGCUUUUCUGUUACAAUGGGCAACAAAAAUUAUAGUUCUCAAGGCAGUGGUAACGGUGGCCAUGGAGUGGCAAGGAUGAAGUCCCAAUUGAGCUUCACUAGACAAGAUUCUCUUUCUCAGAUCACUGAAGUAAGUGAGGAUCUUGUUGAUGGUGUUAGCUCUAGCAGUAACCACCAAAGUGCCGCUCAUUCAUUUGCUGCUUCUGGCUUCGGAAUGGAUUCAUGGGAUAAUACAAACUCCAUUGUGUUCUCUGCCCCACCGAGCAAGAGGGCUAAAAAUAUUGAUGGUGAUUUUUACAACUGUCUAAAUGGCUUGGAAACUCAGUUUAGCUUACCCCAAACAACACUUGAGAUGGCCACAGUUGAAAAGCUGCUGCAUAUUCCUGAAGAUUCUGUGCCUUGCAAAAUCCGAGCCAAGCGUGGCUGCGCCACUCACCCUCGAAGCAUUGCUGAAAGAGAGAGAAGAACAAGAAUAAGUGGGAAACUGAAGAAAUUAGAAGAGCUUAUUCCUAACAUGGAUAAGCAAACGAGCUAUGCAGAUAUGCUGGACUUGGCUGUGCAGCAUAUUAAAGGCCUUCAAAAUGAAGUUCAGAAACUCCACAAAGAAUUGGAAACGUGUACAUGCGGGUGCAAACAAAGCUUAUGAUGAUUGGUAGACAGGUUUAGGGAAACAAAGUUGUCUGAUUUCCAAAUUUUGAAGCCAAGACUAAUUUAGUUGGAUUAGCUUGACUUAAUAAUGAAAAGGUAGAGGUAAACAACUCAAAAUUGUAUAUAAAUGGAGUGACAUUGUUUCCCUAGUUUGAGAAGUGACUGAGUUGGAAAAUGGAAAAAGAAAUUGCUAAUUCUUCUAGAUUUCCCUAUUAAAAUUCAGUGUCUGUCAUGUAACAUA